AAAUAAAAGUAUUAUGUAAAAAAAUUUAACUUGUCAAUUUUAACAUUGCUGUUACUUCUGAAAUAAAUGUGAUAUUCUGGUUUAAAAAAAAAGAAAAUGAAGGGGAAAAAGUAAAAAAAAAAAGAUAGCUAAAAGGGUGAGAGUUGAAGGGGCUGUGGGUGUGGUGAGCACUUACUUAGCAUGUGUGAGGCCCUGGGUCCCCAGCACUGGUGUCAGGGAAAGGGGGGCUGAAGCCAAUGGUACACACUAACAGCAAGAGCAAGGUGAGGGAGGCUGAAAACCUUCAGGAGAUUGUCUAGAAGAGGACCUGCCAGGCCUAAAGUAAGAAUAAGAUGCACAUGGGGCACAGGUCAUCAGGGGCUGAACCUGUUGCAGUGACUUUUUGGCUGGGAUUUAUUAUCUUCCACUCUUGAAAGCAGGGUGGAGGGAGAUGUGCAGGUGGUGUGGUGUCAUCCACAUAUCAGGGAAACUAAUUGAACUUUGGGCUGCCUUUGCUUUCUGCCUUUUCCCAGGAGAAUGUUUGGAGAGAUUAGUGUCUCUAAGUUGCUUAAGUUCUCUCUAAGUUGCCAAGGCUGGCACCCAGGAAGGGAGAAGACAUGGCUAAGGAUGAUGUUGGAAAGGCUGAAGGAGAAAGGCUAUUGUGGGAUGGGGUGUGGUAGAAGAGACUGGAAUAGGAAGUUUGGCUGAGGAAAUGGGGAGGAGGGAAGACAGUGAUAAGACAACACCACUCCAGCCUGAGCCCAAGAGACCCCACUUUUAGGCAAGAUUGUGAUCUCUGAGGCAGAAAGGAGCCUCCUCACUCAUCUUGGAGCUCAGACUAUCUCCAUAUCCCAGGCCUUCCCAUCUCAUUCCUACUACACCUGAGACCCAAGAUAAACUGAUAAACAGGAUUUGUUUGUACUCCCAAAGAAGUCACGGGACCAAGAUUUUCACAAAGAUGUAAGACUGGGUGAAGCUUCUGAAGGCUCAGACCAGCUGGAUCUGUUUGCAGAGACUGAAUAUACUAAUGCGAAGGGAUGUUUAUAAUUAACCCUGUCUGAGAGGAAAGUGUGCACCCGCCCCCAACACUGCCUGAACACAGAAGCAAGGAAGUGGGUCUAGCUAAUUUAACUAGCAGGUUAGAACUUUUACCAAAGGGGUAUUUCCUGUGUCUGUAUGAAACACCGGUUGGGUGUUUAAAGAGGUUGGAGCUAUCCCAGAGCUGAUCUUAAGGGACAAGGAGAGUCCUUUUCAAACUUUUGACCUGGGGAGAAGGCAGAAGGAUAUGAAUAAAAACAGAAGGCAAAGAGAGAACAAGGCAUUUGGUGCAUGCGCGGGAGGGCCAGGGGGAACAGCACAGAGAUGGUGCCACACAGAAGUUGGACAUUGAAGAGAAAAUAGCCCUGCCCUUCUGGCUUAUCUCAGCCAAGAGCAGCACCCAGCCCAGCUCAGAGGGCAAUGGGACAGAUCCCAGAGGCCCUGAGGAGGUAAUAAACCUGGACCCUGAAGGUGCAGAAAGGAAGCUGAAGGACAGAUGCCGUGAGCAGCAGGUGGCGGCACAUGCUCUGGUCUCCAUUGCUGAUGAGGCUGUGACUAAAAGCUUCCAAUCCUUUACAGCCAUCGGACCCUGCAGCCAUAGCACAUAUUUCCAUGACCUGCUUCUCCUUGCUUUUGGUCGGUCUCUGCACAGCCUCCAGGUCCCUGUACAACCUCCAGGCUGCCACCCUGGAGGUAAAAGGGAUGCCUGGAUCUUGAUGUGUCUCAUGAUGUAUCCAGCCUAGCUCCCCCUCCCACUUUUUCACGAUGUUGACCAACUCCUCCCUGUUGGCCAACUGCUCUGCCAACGCCUCUUCUACCAACAGCUCUAUUCCUCCGUGCCCUGACUAUAGGGCCACCCAUCGCCUGCACAUGGUGGUCUACAGCUUGGUGCUGGCGGCCGGGCUCCCCCUUAAUGCGCUGGCCAUCUGGAUCUUCUUGCGCGUUCUGCGCGUACACUCGGUGGUGAGUGUGUACAUGUGCAAUCUGGCAGCCAGCGACUUGCUUUUCACCCUCUCACUGCCCGUGCGCAUCUCCUACUACGCACUGCACUACUGGCCCUUCCCCGACCUCCUGUGUCAGACGUCGGGCGCUAUCUUCCAGAUGAACAUGUAUGGCAGCUGCAUCUUCUUGAUGCUCAUCAACUUGGACCGCUAUGCAGCCAUCGUGCACCCCCUGCGUCUACGUCAUAUGCGGCGGUCCCGCGUGGCGAGGCGGCUCUGUCUGGGUGUGUGGGCACUCAUCUUGGUGUUUGCUGUGCCCGCCGCCCGCGUGCACAGGCCCUCGCCUUGCAGCUACCGGGGCAUCGAGGUACGUCUGUGCUUCGAAAGCUUCAGUGAUGAGCUAUGGAAGGGCCGGCUGCUGCCCCUUGUGCUGCUGGCCGAGGCCCUGGGCUUUCUGUUGCCCCUGGCAGCCGUCCUCUAUUCAUCUGGGCGGGUCUUUUGGACUCUAGCGCGGCCGGACGCCACGCAGAGCCAACGGAGGCGGAAAACCGUGCGCCUUCUGCUGGCCAACCUCGUCAUCUUCCUGCUGUGCUUCGUGCCCUACAACUCCACUCUGGCUGUCUAUGGGCUGCUGCGGGGCAACCUGGUGGUGGCCAGCCAGGAGGCCCGCGAUCAAGUGCGCGGGGUGUUGAUGGUAAUGGUGCUGCUGGCCGGCGCCAACUGCGUGCUGGACCCGCUGGUGUACUACUUCAGCGCCGAGGGUUUCCGUAACACCCUGCGUGGCCUGGGUACUCCACUCCAGGCCCGGACCUUGGCCACCAAUGGGGAUAGAGGAGCGAGUGCAGAAAGAUCCUCAGAGGCCAUCCACACCACUGGAGUGGAUGCCACCAGUCAGGAGCUACUCCAGCCACCUAAACCCAGAAUGCCCUUCACCGAGUGUCCCCAGGAUUCCACCCUCUGAACGCAUAUCGCGCAAUAGUGCAGUCUGGUACCUCUCUCAUAGGCUUCUGGAUCCAUGUCCAUGAGGGAGGUGCACUGAGCGCUUGGAUUUCAGAGUGGAACUCCAGUUCUUGAAUGCAGAUGAGAACAAAGUGUGGAAACAAGGUCACAGGAAAGAAAGAUUGUUACUAGCCAUGGCUUCUUUAAGUUGGUGGUAGUAGGCAAAGGACUCUUUCUCCAAUCGGUGGGAAGUGAUGCAAUGAACCUGACCACAGCUAAGAGCUGAUAGAUGGAAAGGAAAGUGGAUACCCUGGAUUUUGCCACAGGACCACAGGGCCAAGAGCUGAAGAGCCCCAAACCUUGGUAGAUCAAGCUACUGAGAAGUUGGUGCCAUCUGUUGAGUUCUGUGCUGAUCUCAGGGCCAUGGACACCACCAUUCUCACUUCCACCUGGCCUCCUGCUACUUAGCAGGAAGCGUACAAGUGUUUAUUUGAUAUGGAGAGAACUGGGUUCCUUAUUAUUGAUUUCUAAUGGUUUCAGCUAGGACACCCAACAUGGGAUGGUAGGGGCAGGCAAAACUGUGAAUUAAAUUGUGAUACACACUGCCCCCCUCCCCAAAAUCCUAGUUUUUGUCCCUUGUCUAGGUCAUCGCUUCUCCUGCCAUCGUUUUUAGGGCCUCCUCCUUUCUAGGUCCUUAAUAUCAUCUCUGUCUUCCUGCUUUGUCAAAAGAAAGGAGAAUAGUCUUUGUAUUAAAGCAUUGGUUCUCAAACUUCUUGGUCUCAGAUCCCUUUACACUCAUAGAAAUUGAGGACCCCAAGAGCUUUUGCUUAUUCUUUGUUGUUUUAAUAUUUACUGUAAUGGGAAUUAAAGCUAAUAAGUUUUUAAAACAGAAAUACACAAGCACAUAAUCUAUUAGCCAUGAGAGUGGUAACGUCAUCACAUUUCUUGAAGCCUCUGGAAAACUACAUUGUAUACUGGUGAAGAGAGUGAAAAACAUAAAUAAUAUCUUAGUAGUAUUAUGAAGAUAAUUUUGACUUCAUGGACUUCCUCAAAGAACUGGUCCCUGGAUCACACUUUGAGAACCAUACUUGUACUAAGGUAUUAGAGUUCACAUUACCAUCUUCCCAGGGCAUUAUAUAAUAGUUUUUUGUUUGUUUGUUUUGUUUUGUUUUUAUGACUGUAAGGAGUGUGGUGCUCAACAAAUUAAUUGCUAAUAAUAGUGCUUAAGGCUUGGGGCUUCCUGGAGGCAGGCAGGAGUUUGUACACCAAAUGGAAUACCACCUUGGGCUUAUAAAGGCAGCAGCCUUGGGGGGUCAGGGGUGGAAUCAGACACACACACACUCCGGAGGAGAGGGUGAGACGUCUCUAGUGGUUAGAAAGGAACUGUGCCAUAGCCAGGAGAGAACAGUAUACAGGGAAGUAAGAGUGAGAUGAGAGGACAGGAAUAGCCCGACUGUUCUUAGCAAACUAAAUGGUUUCCUUCCGUCUUGAUCCAGGUAGGGGGCUGGGAGGGCUGCAGAGUUAGCACCUUGACAUCUUUAGACCUUGGCAGUAAGAGUUGUUGCUAUGUGUGUCCAGUAUGCAUUUCCAUCCCUAUGUCUCAGUACUGUAUUUUUCUCUCCCUCUCUCUGUAUGUGUGUGUGUGUGUGUGGGGGGGGGGAGUGUGUGUGAGACAGUGUUAGGGUUUUCCUGUAUCUGUGUUUCGAGUUCAGAGUCAGUCUUUUGUGUGUCUUUAUGUGAGCUCUCCAGUUGGUGAUUUACAGGGGUAAAAUGACCUCUGGUGGCCAAACCAGGUAACUGACCCAGAUUUCUCAAGAUAGCCUUGAAGUCCCAGCCUUCAUCUGGGUAGAGGUUAGAGCCCAGGACCAGCUCCUUACCCAGUUGCUCUUAAGGCUUGUUUGUUAGCAUCCACCCCAUCUGGCUUCACCUUCAGAAUUCCAGACCUGUUUGUGCCUGUCCUGAUCUGAAGGCACAAGCCUCACCAAAUCUCUUAGUCCAACUCUGAGAACUUUAACACAAACUGAA